AUGUCGAUUCCAGAAAAAGACGAGAGUGCAUUGUCACUAAGCCCUCAUCCUCGCAGCAACAUCCCCGACUGGAGAUGGAAGGGAACUCUCGCAGUCCUCAUUUUGACAACCCUCAUCAAUGGCUAUGAUGUGAGUAACGUGGCCAACAUCCAGCCUGCCCUCUACGAGGCCUUCGGCAACAUUGCGCUUCUGCCAUGGAUCAGCCUGUCCUUCAGCCUCGCCGUGUUUGCUGUCCUAUCCUUCUCCCGGAAGAUCCUGUAUUGCUUCGACAUCAAAUGGAUAUAUAUCGCCAACCUUGUGAUCUUCAUGGCUGGUGCUGCUGUGGCUGGGGCGGCCCCCAAUCUACCUGCGGUCAUUGUUGGACGGGUAGUUAUGGGUGUCGGUGGUGCUGUUGUUUACCAAAGCAACUUGACAUUUGUCGCCGUCUUUGCCACGCCUGAUGAAACACCUCGUCUAUUCGGUCUUCUGAGCGCCAUAUGGGCCGUGGGCCUCGUCAUUGGAGGUCCUAUUGGGUCCGCUCUCGCCUCAAACAGACACACCACCUGGCGAUGGGCUUUCUACUUGAACCUACCCUGGGUGGGUCUCAGUCUUGCCCUCGCCGUUCUUUGCCUUCCCCGCAAAUACCUAGGGCCAGACACUUCGCUGGUCUCUCGAUUGAUGGCGAUUGACCCCAUCGGUAUUGCGUUCAACAUGGCAGCCCCAGUACUGUUUGCUCUCGCAUUAGAGUUCUCCGGUUCUGUAUGGGACUGGGGCUCUGGUGCGUCUAUCGCGACCUGGGUGGUUUUUGGUGUGGUCUUGGUUGGAUGGAUCGUCCAACAAUGCUGGUGCAUUGGCACGACUUCUGAGCAACGAGCCGUCCCCCUUCACUUGCUCAGUCGGGUUGAUCUCCUUCCGCUUUGGAUCGCGUCUGGCUGUGCCGGCGCAUCGUACGCCAUCACACUCUACUACACGCCGCUCUUCUUUGCGUUCGCUCGCAGCCACAGCGCCAUGGAGCAGACCGUCCGUCUUCUUCCUUUUGUUCUGGUCUUCAUCGCCGUGGUCAUCCUCGUCGGUGGGUUACUCCCCAUUUUUGGCCGCUACAACCUGAUCUACAUCGCUGCGGGAAUUGCAACCGUCGCGGGAGCCGGCGCUAUUGCCAGCACACUGAGUCCCCGUGUUUCUGAGUCCCAGGUGUUAGGCCUGGAAGCGCUCAUUGGCGUUGGUCUUGGCUGUUCGUUUCAGCACGGGGUCGGUGUCGCGAAUGUGAUAAACAAGACCCCGCGCGACCGCGUCGACAGCGCGGUCAUGUUCAACAUGGCACAGAUGGGCGGCAUUGCAAUUGCUCUAGCGGUUGCGGGUUCGAUUUUCCAAAAUGUGGGAUAUAGCCUGCUGAUGGACGCCAUUGGGGAUAACGGGUACUCGGAGAAAGACCUGCGUGAGGCGCUCGCCGGGGUAUCGUCAGCAGUGUGGCAGUCCGGCAAUCCAGAGAUUUUUUCUCGCGGGAUUGAUGCCGUGGCCACGGUGAUUGGGCGGGAAUUUUAUUUAGUGGUAGCCGGUGGUGCCAUCUGUUUCUUCUGCGGGUUGGUGAUGAGAUGGGAGAAAUUGGACUAUGGCAGGCAUAAGAGCAAGGGUGUCGAAAAGUGA